CUUCUGCUCCAGCAGCUGUAUAUAAUACUUAUACACACGCGCGUGUAACUCCGCUAACAAAAAAUAUUUAUUACCGAUAUUAAUAAUUGUCGAUUUAGCCACUAUUUUUACUGUACUAUGUGUGCAUACAGAUACUCAGAUUCACAGAUGGACAGUUCAACAGUUGUAUAGACGACCGCAUUACUUUGCAAAUUUUAAUGUAAUAUACAUUAUAUUGUAAUAUUACCGCAAGACCGUAAUAUAUUGUCGGUAAAUUAAUAAUAUAACUUUUUAUGAACGGAUUAUUGGUGUGUGCAGUGUAAUAUAAUAGCGUUUGAAAGUUGAUGAGACUUGAGACGUUGAGAGACUUGAGACUCCAGACAGUCCAGACUCCAGACUCUCCAGAGUUUGCCCCGAGCGCUCCGAUUGGCCAAUUUUCCAUCAACUUUGCCAACGUUGAACGAUCGAGCAUAAAACGUAACGUUCUCGAGCCCGCUUCAUCUGAAAUCACACGUAAACAAAUAAGUAUAACCUCCAUCCUUUACUGCUUCCGUGAUGGGUUCUCGAGAGAAAAGACGCAGGCAAAGAAGUUCAUCAGACGAAAGCGAUGUCAAAAGUAAGAAGAAACGUGACAAAGUCCACCACCGCAGCAAGGAGGAGGACCGCUUGGACAGUCGUAAAGAGCGAGAAGGAAGCUGGGGCAUUGACAAAAAAAGGAGUGAUGACGAUGAUGAUAUUUCAUCAAAGGAGACAGCUAGACGCAAAGAGAAGUCUAGAAGACAAAGUCGUAGCCGAAGUAGGGAUCGCAACAGGUCAGCCAGAGAGGACAGGAAUAAGAGCGGAGAUACGAGUAAAGGGUCGAGGAGUAAAAAGGUGAGAAGCAGAGAAAGGAGCAGAGAUAGAAAUCACAGCAGAGACAGAGACCUUGAUGAGAGUAAAAGUAGGAAUCGAGAUGAAAGCAAACAGAGGAAUAGGGAUUCUAAAAGAGAUAGAAACACUGAGAGGAAUGAUAAUACCAGAAGUAGACAUGCCGUUCAAGGUGAUAGAGAGGACAAAGUUGAGGAUCAGAAGAGAAACAAGAAUAGUAGAGUUGCAAGCUUAGAAAAAAGUAAAAAUAAAAGCAGGAGAGCAAAGAGUGAAAGUGAAAGCCCGGAAAAGAGUGGACCCAAAGAUAAAGUUAGAGAACGAAGUAAAAGCUUGGACAAAAGUAAAAAUCAGAAACGCAACAAAAGUGUCGAAAGAAGUUUAGACAAAACUAAAACCAAAAGUAAACUUAAGGAUAGAAGUGAAAGCCCCAAAAAAGUAAAAAAACAAAGCAAACUUGUAAAAAAUACAAAGAGUAAAGAAAAAACAGACAAGCAUAAGAAAGACAAAAGUAGCAGCGAUGACAGUAGUAGUAGUAGUAGUGAUAGUGAUGAUAAUAGUACCAGCAGUAGUGAGUCCAGUUCUUCAGAUUCGAGUUCAUCUGACAAUGAAUCUGAUGAAUCAUCAUCAUCAUCAUCUGUAUCUUCAUCAUCGGAUGAUUCCAGAGAAACAACUCCAGAAAAACCUACGAGCAAACAAGAAAAAACGUUGGACAAAUCUAAAAAAGACAAAAAAAACGAAAAAGAUGUAGAACUUACUAGAGAACUUGAGAAAAAACCUAUUGAAAAAGUAGAAGUUAUUAGAGAACUUGAGAAAAAACCUAUUGAAAAAGUAGAAGUUAUUAGAGAACUUGAAAAAAAACCUAUUGACAAAGAAAGUAAGCGUGAAGGUUUUAUUGAUUUAAAUAAGCCUCGAGAAGAGGAACAUAUUGACAGAAAAGAAGGCAAAGAAAUCGAUAAACAAGGUAGUAGUCGAUCUUAUGUGGAUAAAAGUAAAACUAGAGAACGGAUCAGAGACAGAAACAAAGAAAGAAGUAGGGAAAGAAGUAGAGAAAAAAGUAGAGAAAAAAGUAGAGAAAAAAGUAGAGAAAAAAGUAGAGAAAAAAGUAAAGAAAAAAACAGAAACAAAGAAAGAAGUAGGGAAAGAAGUAAAGAAAAAAGUAGAGAAAAAAGUAGAGAAAAAAGUAGAGAAAAAAGUAGAGAAAAAAGUAAAGAAAAAAGUAGAGAAAAAAGUAGAGAAAGAAGUAGAGAAAGAAGUAGAGAAAGAAGUAGAGAAAGAAGUAGAGAAAGAAAAAGAGCAAGAAGUAGGGACAGAGACAGGGCACGAAAUAGGAGUAGAGAAAGAUAUUGGGAUGGAGACUUCAGAAACAGGGAUAGAGACAGAGACUACACAGAGAGCUUGCGCCGGUACUGGGACGAUCGUGAUAGAUACAGAGAUAGGGAUGAUUACAGAGAUAGAAGUGAUGAUGCGCAUCGAGAGAGACGGAGAGAUCGAAGUGAAGACAGAUUUAGAAGUAGUUAUAAAGACAAAGAUCGAAACAGAAAUGAUGAUGAUGAUGGUAGAGGUAGACAAAAAAGUUUAGACAGACAUGGAGAAAUCGGAAAUUCUUAUUAUGGUACAGAUGUCAGGAAGAAUAAAGCUGAUUCUGACUCAAAAAAUAAUGAUAAGCCAUUAAAGGAGAAAAACAACGGAAAAGAUGUAGAAAAGUCCAAGGAUAAUAAUGAAAAUGAUAAUCCUGAAAUAAUUCCUGCCAAGCAAAGAAAAACCGUUGAUUUAUUAACGUCUAAGACUGGUGGUGCUUAUAUCCCACCUGCCAAGUUGAGAUUGAUGCAAGCUGGAAUCACGGACAAGAGUGGUGCUGCCUAUCAACGCAUUGCCUGGGAGGCUCUGAAGAAAUCUAUUCAUGGAUUCAUCAAUAAGGUCAACACCAGCAACAUAGGACUCAUUACUAGAGAAUUAUUGAAAGAAAAUGUUGUCAGAGGUAGAGGUCUCUUGGCUAGAUCUAUUAUCCAGGCUCAAGCCGCUUCUCUUACUUUCACACCAGUUUAUGCAGCGUUGGUUUCUGUCAUCAAUUCUAAAUUUCCAAACAUAGGAGAAUUACUUUUAAAACGUCUAGCAAUACAGUUCAAACGAGGUGUUCGACGUUCCGACAAGACUUUGUGUAUAUCAUCAGCUACAUUCAUUGCUCACUUGGUAAAUCAAGGUGUAGCCCAUGAAAUUUUGGUUCUUGAAAUAUUAACACUAUUGGUACAGACACCGACAGAUGACUCCAUUGAAGUAGCUAUAGCGGUUUUGAAAGAGUGCGGUAUGAAACUGACACAGGUAUCACGCAAGGGUAUCGAGGCCAUAUUUGAAAUGUUGAGAAAUAUCCUUCAUGAAGGAGAGCUGGACAAGAGGGUGCAAUAUAUGAUUGAAGUUAUGUUCCAAAUUCGCAAAGAUGGUUUCAAGGAUCAUGAAUCUGUUCCCAAAGAAUUAGAUCUUGUUGAAGAAGAAGAUCAGAUGACACAUUUAAUAACACUUGAUGAGGCAACAGAAGGAAACGAAAUAUUGAAUGUAUUCAAGUAUGAUCCUGAGUAUAUAAACAAUGAAAGUAAAUAUAAGGAGUUGAGCAAAGAGAUUUUGAAUACAGAUAGCGAAUCAGACGGUGAAGAAGGCAGUGAUGAUGAAGAUGAAGAUGAAGAUUCAGACGAGAAUGAUGAAGAAAAAGUUCAAGACUCAGGCCUCAUCAUUGACAAUACAGAGACGAAUUUGACUGCCCUUAGAAGGACUAUAUAUUUGACGAUACAUUCUUCUCUUGAUUUUGAAGAAUGUGCUCACAAACUUUUAAAAAUGCAGUUGAAGCCUGGUCAAGAGAUCGAACUUUGCAACAUGUUCUUGGACUGUUGUGCAGAGAUGCGUACAUAUGAAAAAUUCUUUGGGCUAUUAGCAGGGCGGUUUUGCGCAAUUAACAAAAUUUUUGUUGAUCCGUUCCAAAAAAUCUUUAUGGACUCCUACAAUACCAUCCAUAGAUUAGAUACCAAUAGAUUGCGGAACGUUGCCAAAUUUUUUGCACACCUUCUGAUGACUGACUCAAUUUCUUGGGGUGUAUUAGAAAAUAUCAAAUUAAACGAAGAGGACACUACCAGUUCCAGUAGAGUUUUCAUUAAAAUACUGUUUCAAGAGUUAUCCGAAUACAUGGGGCUUCCAAAAUUAAAUAACAAACUAAAGAAUGAAGAGCUGCAAGAAGCUUUGGCAGGUUUAUUUCCUAAAGGAGAUCCGAAAAAUACUCGAUUUGCAAUUAACUUUUUCACCUCCAUUGGCUUAGGAGGAUUAACUGAUGAUUUGAGGGAGCAUCUGAAAUCUCGGCCAAAACCUACACCACUACCACCUGUCAUUGAGGUAAGCGAAGUUAAAAAAGAAAAACCAUCUAGUUCAAGCUCAUCAAGUUCAAGUUCAUCAUCAUCUGAAUCGUCCUCCUCGUCUUCCUCAGAAGAUUCAUCAGAAGAUGAAAAAAAGAAAAAAAAGAAAAACAAAACAAAAACUAAAAAGAAGAAAGAUACAAAAUCUGGAGAAGAAAAAGAAAAUAUAAGGAAAAAGGAGAAAAUGAAUCGCAAAAGAGAACGAUCUCCAAAAGUUAAAAAACACAAAAGGAAUGAAAAGAAAAAGAGGAAGUAAUUAAAAUAGCGUGUAAUAUAAUUUGACUUGCGGAAAAAUAAAAUAUUAGGCUGUGUUUGCCAUUAUUUUUAA